UGAUUUUUUUUCUCUGCUAAGAAUGUGGGUGUUUGAUGUUCUGGACCGUCAUGUGUCUGGUUGGUUUCGCCCUGUUAAGGACCGCCCCUUAAAAUGUGUAUAAAUGCAAUGUAGUUCCAGCAUCAGUUAGACUUGAUGACUGCAGCGCCAGUAGCAGUACGAUCUGAUUUAAAGACUUCACUAUCUACAAUAAAGACUACUACUGAAGACAAUACAAGACUCCUGGUCUCACUGGAAACAGUUUCCAACACUGACAUUGAUUGUUGGAAGAGUCGAGAGAAGCCUGAAGACAUGAGUGAUCCAGACAUAUGCCGAAUUAAACAAGAAGACACAGAGGAACACAAAGACUUAAUGGAUUUGAAAGUUGAAAGUGAUGAACUGAAUGAAGUUGAGAAGAAAAACUACUCUCAGACACCUCAUCAUUUCAAAAUGAGAGAAACAUCCAGUAGCUUGCAGAUGGAAAAUACUUUCUCUCUAAAUAGAAAGCAAAGUACAGAAGCGGGCAAAUCCUCACCUCACUGUGAGAACAGUUUUACACUUAAAAGACAUUCUGAGGAACACGUGAGAAUUCAGACUGGAGAUCGCCCAUACAAAUGUCUUCAAUGUGGAAAGAGUUUAGCACGGAAAUCAAAUCUUGAUGUGCACAUGAGAGUUCACACUGGAGAGCGUCCAUACCCAUGUCUUCAAUGUGGAAAGAGUUUCAAACAGAAACAAAAACUUGAAAGGCACACGAGAAUUCACACUGGAGAGCGUCCAUACUCAUGUCUUGAGUGUGGAAAGAGUUUCAUAGAAAAAGUAAGUCUUAACAGGCACAUGAGAGUUCACACUGGACAGUAUCCAUAUACAUGUCCUCAUUGUGAAAAGGGUUUUAAUCAGAAAUUGAUACUUGACAGUCAUGUGAGAAUUCACACUGGAGAGCAUCCAUACACAUGUCUAGAGUGUGGAAAAAGUUUCAUACACAAAUCCAGUCUUAACAAGCACAUGAGAAUUCACACUGGAGAGCGUCCAUUCACAUGUAUUGAGUGUGGAAAGAGUUUCACACAGAAAUCAGGGCUUAAUCUGCACAUGACAGUUCACACUGAGGAGCAUCCGUAUGCAUGUCCUCAUUGUAAAAAGAGUUUUAAACUGAAAUCGAAACUUAAUGUGCACAUGAGAGUUCACAUUGGAGAGCGUCCAUUCACAUGUCUAGAGUGUGGAAAGAGUUUCAUAUACAAAUUAAAUCUUAACAAGCACAUGAGAAUUCACACUGCAGAGCAUCAUACAUGUCUUGAGUGUGGAAAGAGUUUCAUAGACAAAGUCAAUCUUAACAGGCACAUGAGAGUUCACACUGGAGAGCGUCCAUACACGUGUCUCCAGUGUGGAAAGAGUUUUACAGACAAAGUAAUUCUUGACGGGCACAUGAAAAUUCAUACUGGGGAUCGUCAACACUCAUGUCUUCAGUGUGGAAAGAGUUUUAUAGGCAAAUCACAGCUUAUUGUGCACAUGAGAGUUCACUCUGGAGAGCGUCCAUAUACAUGUCCUUAUUGUGAAAAGGGUUUCAAACAGAAAUCGACACUUGAAAGUCAUAUGAGAAUUCACACUGGAGAGCGUCCAUACAUAUGUCAUCAGUGUGGAAAGAGUUACAUACAGAAAUCAAAUCUUAAACGCCACAUGAGACUUCACACUGGAGAGCGUCCAUACUCAUGUCUUCAGUGUGGAAAGAGUUACAUACAGAAAUCAAAUCUUAAACGCCACAUGAGACUUCACACUGGAGAUCGUCCAUACACAUGUCUUCAGUGUGGCAAGAGUUUCUCAUGGAGUGCUAGUCUUAGGAUUCACAUGAGAAAUCACACUAAAGAACCCAGAGCCAUAUAUUCUGCUUCACAUGUUGAUAAAGCAACUGUUGACUUUUUCUUUGACUUCCAGGAAAUCAAAGGACCAUUUGGCUUCCAGCAUCAGUUAGACUUGAUGACUGCAGCACCAGUAGCAGUACGCUCGGAUUUAAAGACUUCACUAUCUACAAUAAAGACUACUACUGAAGACAAUACAAGACUCCUGGUCUCACUGGAAACAGUUUCCAACACUGACAUUGAUUGUUGGAAGAGUCGAGAGAAGACUGAAGACCUGAGUGAUCCAGACCUAUGCCGAAUUAAACAAGACAACACAGAGGAACACAAAGACUUAUUGGACCUGGAAGUUGAAAGUGAUGAACUGAAUGAAGUUGAGGAGAAAAACUACUCUCAGACACCUCAUCAUUUCAAAAUGAGAGAAACAUCUAGUACCGGUAGCUUGCAGAUGGAAAAUAAUUUAUUUCUAAAAAGCAAGAAAAGUACAAAAACCGGCAAAUCCUCACCUCAUUGUGAGAACAGUUUUACACUUAAAAGACAUUCUGAGGAACACGUGAGAAUUCAAACCAGAAAGCGUCCAUACACAUGUCUGCAGUGUGGAAAAAGUUUCACAGAGAAACAAAAUCUUAAAAUGCACAUGAGAAUUCACACUGGAGAGCAUCCAUACACAUGUCUUCAGUGUGGAAAGAGUUUUAAACAGAAACAAAAUCUUGACAUGCACAUGAGAAUUCACACUGGAGAGCGUCCAUAUACAUGUCUUCAGUGUGACAGGAGUUUCGCACAGAAAUCAUAUCUUGACAGCCACAUGAGAAUUCACACUGGAGAGCGUCCAUUCACAUGUCUUCAGUGUGGAAAGAGUUUCAUAAAGAAAUCAGGGCUUAAUCUGCACAUGAGAGUUCACACUGGAGAGCAUCCAUAUGCAUGUCUUGAGUGUGGAAAGAGUUUCACACAGAAAUCAAAUCUUGACAGCCACAUGAGAGUUCACACUGGAGAUUGUCCACACUCAUGUCUUCAGUGUGGAAAGAGUUUUAAAGAGAAAUCACAGCUUAAUGUGCACAUGAGAAUUCACUCUGGAGAGCGUCCAUACACAUGUCUUCAGUGUGGAAAGAGUUUUAUAGACAUGUCACAGCUUAAUAUGCACAUGAGAGUUCACUCUGGAGAGCGUCCAUACACAUGUCCUCAUUGUGAAAAGGGUUUCAAACAGAAAUCGACACUUAAAAGUCACAUGAGAGUUCACUCUGGAGAGCGUCCAUACGCAUGUCCUCAUUGUGAAAAGUGUUAUAAACAGAAAUCAAAUCUUGACAGCCACAUAAGAUGUCACACUGGAGAGCGUCCAUACUCAUGUCUUCAGUGUGGAAAGAGUUUCAAACGCAAAGAAAGUCUUGACAGCCACAUGAGACUUCACACUGGAGAGCGUCCAUACAUAUGUCUUCAGUGUGGCAAGAGUUUCUCAUGGAGUGCUAGUCUUAGGAUUCACAUGAGGAAUCACACUGAAGAGCGUCCAUAAACAUUCCUUAGUAUGAAAAGGAUUUUUAAACAAAAAGAAAAUCCUAAGGACCACAUGAAAAUUCACUAUUGAACGAGUGAUACUGUAAAAAAUGAUUGGUGAAAUGAUAGUAACUAACAUCAAAUAGUCAAAUACUGCAAAUUAACAGUAAAACACUGUAUUAAUAACUCAAGUGCAAUGUAUUUCUACUCCAGUCCUCGGGCCCCCUCCCAGAUGCAAUUUAGCUUGUUGUAAAUGCAUUUACGCUACCCAGUCUCACAAAGUUUCGUGAUAUAGUCACGUAUUUUUUUUAAAAUCUUUUUUCGUGCUAAAAUCACAAAUUUUCGUGUUUUUUCGUGAUCGUAUAAAGAAUUCCUGUUUUCGUGUGGUUAUCACGUAUUGGUUACUCAACUGCUUUUUCCUAUUUUUAACCCAUUGUCGCUUCGGUUUAGGGUUAGAUUUGGCGCUUGCAUUAGAAUGUCACUUUAUAUAUUGGUUUAUACUAUUUUAUCUGAUUUAUUUUUUUAAAUGUCGCCUGGCGUUAGAGUUGGGUUUGGUUAGGGAUGUCAUUUUAUGUAAAUCUAACCCUAAUCAAACAAUACGUGACUAUAUAACGAAAUUUCAUGAGACUGGGCUGCAUUUACGGUACAUUUCAUACUGUACUAUGAACAGCAAUUUUAUGGUCUUUCCUCCAGUAAUUUUUUUUUGUUUAUUUAUUUACCAGGACAGUGCAUAUUAACAACAGUACACCAGUAACAUGCCAGAGUUAGCCAAUGGCUAAUUUUCAUCUGUAGUCCUGAUUGCAAGUACAUUUUUAAAAAUGUUUGCACUGUUAGUGUAACAAGUUAAAAUAAAAAAAUAAUAAAAACAUUUGUUAAAUGAGUCUAAAAAAGAAGUUGUAACAUCAUUUGCAAGGUCUUAAUACAGUAAUUGCAGUUUACAUCAAACAAAACAUUCACGACUGUAACAAAAACGAGCAACAGCAGAACUUUUAGUGUUGACAGGUCUGAUUACUAAUAAGCCAACGUUUUAGAUGUGAUCGAAAGAGGCUAUGUUUAUAUCUCUAAUUAUUGACGGAAUGGUGGUCCACUCCUGAGAAGCCCUAACAGAAAAGGCAGACUGACUAAAAGCACAUUUUCUGUGUGGAAUAAUACAGUCACCUACUGAUAUUCCUCUAGUAAUUCUGUGUUUAGUUGUUCUAAGAUUAAUA